UUCUUGGGCUUUGUGAUGACUGGCGGUAUGCUUCGUCGGUUUGAUUUGCUAUUCCACAGCAACGCUAACGCAGAAAUAAGUUUUAUCCUAUGGUUUUAUCCAAUCCAUAUAGUGAGUAGUUGAUCUGCUGAGAAAUUUGAUGUAAGUAAACCGACGUAAACAGGUUUUUAAAGGUAUUGUGUAUGUGUAAUUUCAUCAAAGGAUCGCUUCCGUCAUGCAGCAGCUGUCAUCCCAAACAGCAUAAGGUUAGCUUCACAUUAGCUUAAUUAGUGACUACUCCCAGACAUAUGUGAUACCGUAUUAGUUAUCUAGAAAUCCUACUUUCCUGACAUCAUGCCACUAAUUUGUGGGAGACCGAAUAGUUGUAGUAAACUGAGGAAAUUGCUUAUCUUCUGGAUGCUGGGCCUGCUAGUCGUCUACGUCGUCAGUGACAAACCUUCACCUUCAGCCUUGACAGUCGUGGAGGAUUCAGGGUCAGAUAACGCCGGUGGUGAUGAGGAGGCCCACGUGGACGAUGAAUUUGAUUCUGAGGAUCUUGAGGUGUUCCAGCCUACUAACCAAUGGCAGACUCUCAAACCAGGUCAGGCAGUUCCAGCAGGCUCUCACGUCAGGCUGAAUCUUCAGACAGGGCAAAGGGAAGCCAAGCUGUCAGAGGAACAGCAGGCCAAAUACCUCAGAGAUGGACAGAGGGUGGUUAACACUAAGGCCCCAUCCUUUACUGCAAAGGAGCUGAAGGAAGCCCUAAAGUUGCUCAAAGAGGAUGACUCCACCAGCUCACAGAGGCAGGAGGAAGAAGAGGCACUGAAGGCGAAAUUCCGUCCCCUGGAUGAGCUGAAGAGGGAUCUGGCUGAGCUUGAAAUGCACAUGGAGACAGACGUGCAGAUCAUGCGCAGGUUAAUCGCCCAAUUCAACAGUUCCAAUGCUACAGCGGAGCAAAGAGUCAAAGCUCUUCUUGAGCUGGAAUACCUUGUCCACCAGGUGGACAAUGCACAAAACCUGGUAUCUAUGGGUGGAAUGAAACUGGUGCUCAACGCUUUAAAUGGCUCAGACUUAAGCUUUCAAGAGGGUGCAGCUUUUGUGUUGGGGUCAGCUGUCUCCAGUAACCCUGCUGUCCAAGUAGAGGCCAUAGAGGGUGGGGCUUUACAGAAGUUAUUGACUUUACUUGCCACUCCUCGUCCUAUCUCUGUCAAGAAAAAGGCUUUGUUUGCUGUUGCCUCACUGUUGCGUCACUUCCCCCAUGCCCAAAGCCAUUUCCUUAAGCUGGGUGGAAUGCAGGUGCUUGUCGACCUGUUUCAAAUGCCGGGUGGAGAGUCUCUGCGCAUAAGAAUCAUCACCCUGAUCUACGACAUGAUCAUUGAGAAGGAAUUGAUGUUACAAAGUGGCUUGGACCAGAUUCCUGACUCCUCUUAUCAGGAACGUCUGCGGCAGUACGCCCAGGUGUCCCUGUUACCUGUCCUGGCGGAGCAGGGAUGGUGCCGCUUUGUGCCCGAGCUGCUGGACUCCUCGGAGCACGACUGGCGGGAGAAGGCGCUGAGAACCCUCCUGGCCAUGAUGCCCCACUGCCAGGAGGAUUUUCGGCAGAACCGUGCCCUAAGCCAUUUACUCAGUGGCUUGCAGGAGCAGUACCGGGAGCUGGCCCUUACAGAACAGGACUUGGGAGAGGAGGAGGGCUACUUUGGUGAAAUCCUGAUCUUACUGGACACGGUUGUGCGGAACGUACAGUGACCCUAAGCUGGAAAGUGGACAUCACUGAUUGACAUCUCAUUACCGGGAGAGAAGGGGAUGGUCUACACACUGUAUAAUGGCUCCAAAAAAUCUAUUUAUUUACUAAAG